AUGACAACGCCUGUAGUGAAUUUAAGUGGUAAAGUUGCACUUAUCACCGGUGCCACAUCGGGCAUUGGUCGUGCAACAGCGAUUCUUUUCAACAAACUUGGUGCAUCAAUCGUUAUCACUGGACGUGCGACCGAUCGACUCGAAGCACUCGCUGAGGAAUUGUCAAAAAACGAAGGAUCGAGAGAUUCGUUUAAGGGCGAAACAUAUCCGUUCACGGCAGAUCUCACCAAAUCUGAAGAUAUCAAGUCGUUGGCCGAAGCUGCAAUAAAGAAGUUCAAUAAAUUAGACAUUUUGGUAAAUAACGCAGGUAUACUAGAGAAUGGCACAAUCGAGAACACAUCACUGGAUCAGUUCGAUCACAUGAUGAAUGUCAAUCUACGUGCCGUCUUCUAUUUGACAAAUCUUCUAUGUCCGCAUUUAAUCCAGUCGAAGGGUUCAGUCGUGAAUGUAUCGAGUGUCAACGGGAUGCGAUCGUUCCCGAAUGUACUGGCCUAUAAUGUGUCAAAGUCGGGUGUUGAUCAGUUGACACGUUGUGCAGCACUUGAAUUGGCCUCGAAAGGAGUUCGAGUGAAUUGUGUGAACCCGGGCGUAACGAUGACCGAACUGCAUCGUCGUAGCGGUAUGAACGAAGAAGCGUACCAGUCAUUUAUCGAGCACUCGAAGUCGACUCAUGCUCUGGGUCGUGCCGGAACUCCAGAAGAAGUGGCCAACGCUAUUGCAUUCUUGGCCAGUGACGCGGCUUCGUUCAUCACCGGUGCUUCGCUACCGGUGGACGGUGGUCGACAUGCGAUGUGUCCACGUUAG